AUGCUUGGAAGGCGACAAACAAGGCGUAUGUACGAGGGCGGUGAUUGCGGUACGGCUAUAAAAGAAAACAACAAGAAGCGAGUCUCCGGGGCCGAGACCCCCAUCAAUAACAUCAAGGGCAACGAGGAGCCCGAGGUAGUAGAUAAGGGGGCCGAAACCGAACCGGAAACUGACGUAGAGGAUUUUGAGGACAAUGGAAUUAUUGACCACACAACCUUCGACCAGCUUCUGGAGAUGGACGAUGAGGAGGACCAUGAGUUCUCAAGAUCCUUGGUCUGGAACUACUUUGAGCAGGCAGAAAAGACAUUUGAGGACAUGGACGAAGCCAUGGAGAAGCUGGACUUCCCCGACUUGUCAAGACUCGGCCACUUCUUAAAGGGAUCGUCAGCAGCACUUGGACUGACGAAGGUGAAGGAGUCGUGCGAGAAACUUCAGCAUUAUGGAAACCGCAAGGAUGCCGCCGGAGUGGAGAGCAUCACGAACGACGAGGCUGAGACGUUGAUCAGAGCAUUGCUUGCCCAGAUGCGUCGGGAAUACAACGAGGCAGAGAGCUACCUGAAGGUGUUUUACGACGGACAGGAGUAA